GCCACCUGCUGGAGAAGACAGAUUUUGGGCCGAUUUAUCAUUCUCGCUUCGCCUCUUCCUCUCUAGUCUGACUUGAGAGCUGCUGCGAAAAUGGCGGUGUCUCGUCGCUCAUCGCAGCAACAACAGGGCAACCUGCUAUCUCCGCCACGAAACGGUUCUCUUUCGGUAAGUCCGCCGGGCUCUCCCUCGCUUGAUCUUGUGACAGCGACGUUAGUGCCUCCGGAUGGUGAGCGUGGAUGCAGCACGGGCAUGGAGAACCCUUCGGCCUCCCCUGAUCUUCAAACCUCGGCCCUCAGCAGUGGGAACAGCACAAGUCCGACCACAACAACCUCCGGCGGGGGGAGUAGUAGUGUCUCGAGCCCGGGUUCAGGAGACACGACCCCUGGCGACGGUAGUGGGAUCGGUGGAGCUUUCAGGGAGCUAUUUGAGGCCUGUCGGAAUGGAGAUGUGUCCCGGGUGAAGAGACUUGUAGACUCGGUGAAUGUGAAUGCGAAGGACAUGGCUGGACGGAAAUCUACUCCUCUGCAUUUCGCUGCUGGUUUUGGCCGGAAGGAUGUGGUUGACCACCUCUUACAGACAGGAGCUAAUGUGCACGCCAGAGAUGAUGGUGGCCUCAUCCCCCUGCACAAUGCCUGCUCCUUUGGCCACGCUGAGGUGGUCAGUCUACUGUUGUGCCAAGGUGCAGACCCCAAUGCACGGGACAACUGGAACUACACACCUCUGCAUGAGGCAGCCAUCAAGGGCAAAAUUGACGUGUGCAUCGUGCUUCUCCAGCAUGGCGCUGAUCCCAACAUCCGUAAUACGGACGGCAAGUCUGCUCUGGAUUUGGCAGACCCCUCCGCCAAGGCUGUGCUCACCGGUGAGUAUAAGAAAGAUGAACUCUUGGAAGCGGCAAGGAGUGGCAAUGAAGAGAAGCUGAUGGCACUAUUGACCCCACUAAAUGUCAACUGCCAUGCCAGUGAUGGCCGCAAGUCAACAUCCCAAAAAAUGCUGUCCACCCCACUGCACUUGGCGGCUGGCUACAACCGAGUCCGUAUCGUCCAACUACUGUUGCAGCACGGGGCAGACGUCCAUGCCAAGGACAAAGGUGGCCUGGUCCCUCUCCACAACGCCUGCUCCUAUGGACACUUUGAGGUCACAGAGCUUCUGCUCAAGCAUGGAGCGUGUGUGAAUGCCAUGGACCUAUGGCAGUUCACUCCUCUCCAUGAGGCUGCAUCUAAGAACCGUGUGGAGGUGUGUUCGCUGCUGCUGAGCCAUGGUGCCGACCCCACCCUUCUCAACUGCCACAGCAAGAGCGCCGUGGACAUGGCUCCCACCCCCGAACUCAAAGAGAGACUAACCUAUGAGUUUAAAGGUCAUUCACUGCUCCAGGCAGCUCGGGAGGCAGACAUGGCCAAGGUGAAGAAGACCCUGGCUCUGGAGAUCAUCAGCUUCAAACACCCACAGACAAAUGAGACAGCCCUGCACUGUGCCGUUGCCUCCCCUCACCCGAAACGGAAGCAGGUGACAGAGCUGCUGCUGCGUAAAGGUGCCAACAUCAACGAGAAGAACAAAGACUUCAUGACGGCCCUGCAUGUUGCGUCUGAGAGAGCACACAACGACAUCCUAGAGGUGCUGCAGAAACAUGGAGCCAAGGUGAAUGCGGUGGACACCCUGGGUCAGACGUCCCUCCACAGGGCAGCCCUGGCGGGCCACAUCCAGACAUGCAGACUUCUGCUGAGCUACGGGGCUGACCCUGCCAUCGUCUCCCUGCAGGGCUUCACUGCCUCACAGAUGGGCAACGAGGCCGUGCAGCAGAUCCUCAAUGAAAAUGUUCCAACUCGUAACUCUGACGUGGACUACCGGUUUCUGGAAGCCGCUAAGGCUGGAGAUUUGGACACUGUGCAGCAACUGUGCACUCCUCAGAACGUGAACUGUCGGGACCUGGAGGGUCGUCACUCCACCCCUCUGCACUUUGCUGCAGGCUACAACCGUGUGGCCGUGGUGGAGUACCUGCUACAUCAUGGAGCUGACGUACACGCUAAAGACAAAGGUGGUCUGGUGCCCCUCCACAACGCCUGCUCCUAUGGUCACUAUGAGGUGGCUGAGCUGCUGGUCAGACACGGGGCGUCAGUGAACGUAGCUGACCUCUGGAAAUUCACCCCUCUCCACGAGGCUGCUGCCAAGGGCAAAUACGAGAUCUGCAAACUGCUGCUCAAGCAUGGAGCAGACCCCACCAAGAAGAACCGAGACGGUAAUAUGCCUCUGGACAUGGUGAAGGAUGGAGACACGGACAUCCAGGACUUGCUAAGAGGAGACGCUGCCCUGCUGGAUGCUGCUAAAAAGGGCUGUCUGGCUCGCGUCCAGAAACUCUGCAGCCCAGAGAACAUCAAUUGUAGAGACACACAGGGACGCAACUCCACUCCCCUGCACCUUGCAGCUGGCUACAACAACCUGGAGGUGGCGGAGUAUCUCCUGGAGCACGGGGCUGAUGUCAACGCACAGGACAAAGGAGGCCUCAUCCCCCUGCACAACGCUGCCUCAUACGGGCACGUGGACAUUGCUGCCCUCCUGAUAAAGUUCAACACGUGUGUGAAUGCUACAGACAAGUGGGCCUUCACCCCCCUCCAUGAGGCGGCUCAAAAGGGCCGCACCCAGCUGUGUGCUCUCCUGCUGGCCCACGGAGCAGACCCCACCAUGAAGAAUCAGGAGGGACAGACGGCACUGGACCUGGCCACGGCUGAUGACAUCCGGGCCCUGCUGAUGGAUGCCAUGCCCCCAGACGCCCUGCCCAGUUGCUUCAAGCCCCAGGCCACAGUGGUCAGCGCCGGCUCGGUCAUCUCCCCGGCCUCCACGCCCUCCUGCCUGUCUGCAGCAAGCAGCAUUGACAACCUGGCCGGGCCCCUCAACGACCUGGGGGCCGCAGGGACAUCCGGGGUGGCCGACGGGGCCACGGGCUCCGAUAGGAAGGAGGGAGAAUUGGCCAUGUUGGACAUGAACAUCAGUCAGUUUUUGAAGAGCUUGGGUCUGGAGCAUCUGAGGGACAUCUUUGAGAGAGAACAGAUCUCUUUGGAUGUGCUGGCUGACAUGGGUCAUGAGGAGCUGAAGGAGAUUGGGAUCAACGCCUACGGCCACCGACACAAACUCAUCAAGGGAGUGGAGAGGCUGCUGGGAGGACAACAAGGUGCCAACCCAUACCUGACAUUCCACUGUGCCAACCAGGGCACGGUCCUCAUUGACCUUGCCUCUGACGACAAGGAGGGACAAUCAGUGGAGGAGGAGAUGCAAAGUACCAUCCGAGAACACAGGGAUGGAGGCAACGCAGGAGGUGUGUUCAGCAGAUACAACAUCAUCAAGAUCCAGAAGGUGGUCAAUAAGAAGCUGCGAGAGCGAUACACACACCGCCAGAAGGAGAUCUCCGAUGAGAACCAUAACCAUCACAAUGAGCGCAUGCUCUUCCAUGGUUCUCCAGGUUCUCCGUUCAUAAAUGCCAUCAUCCACAAAGGCUUUGACGAGCGGCAUGCAUACAUCGGAGGGAUGUUUGGAGCAGGGAUCUACUUUGCUGAGAACUCCUCUAAGAGUAACCAGUAUGUGUAUGGCAUCGGGGGCGGCACCGGAUGCCCCACUCACAAAGACCGCUCCUGUUACCUGUGCCACAGGCAGAUGUUAUUCUGCCGUGUGACCCUGGGGAAGUCCUUCCUCCAGUUCAGUGCCAUGAAGAUGGCCCACGCCCCCCCUGGACACCACUCUGUGAUUGGUCGGCCCAGCGUCAACGGCCUGGCCUACGCAGAGUACGUAAUCUACAGAGGGGAGCAGGCCUACCCAGAGUAUCUCAUCACCUAUCAGAUCCUUAAGCCGGAGAGCACAGCCACGUCUGCUGCAGGAGAGGAUCAGAAGUCCUAGUCCUGCGCCACCAGACCAAUCUUUCUCUCACUCACACACACAUAUUCUCCUGACCCACAACAUUAUUGUAAUGCCUAAACCUUUUUCAGACUUGAGUUCCAUUCUUCUUGUCCAGUAACAGUAAACUGGACAGAUGACAUUAAAUAUAUUGUAAUAUGCUGUAAUAUAUUAUAAAAUGUACUGUAAUAUAUUUAUGCAAUAAGGCCCGAGGGGGUGUGGUAUAGGGCCAAUAUACCAUGGCUAAGGGCUUUAUUCAAGCACUCUGUGUUGUGUCGUGCUUAAGAACAGGCCUUAGCUGUGGUAUAUGUCCAAUAUACCACAGCUAAGGCCUGUUCUUAUGCACAACGCAACGCAGAGUGCCUGAAUACGGCCCUUAGCCAUGGUAUAUUGGCCAUAUACCACAAACCCAGAGGUGCCUUAUUGUUAUUAUAAACUGGUUACCAACCUAAUUAGAACAGUAAAAAUUGUUUUAAUCUUAACCGUGGUAUACGGUUUGAUAUGCUACGACUUUCAACUAAUCAGGAUUCAGGGCUCAAACUACCCAGUUUAUAAUUAAGUAGUAAGGCACGAGGAGGUUUGGCAUAUGGCCAAAAUACCUAGGCUAAGGGUUGUUCUUAAGCACGAUGCAAAGCAGAGUGCCUGAAUACAGCCCUUAGCCGUGGUAUAUUUGCCAUAUACCACAAACCCCCAAGGUGCCUUAUUGCCAUUAUAAACUGGUUACUAACGUAAUUAGAGUAGUAAAAAUUGUUUUUGUCAUACCCGUGGUGUACGGUCUGAUAUACCACGGCUUUCAGCCAAUCAGCAUUCAGGGCUCGAACCACCCAGUUUAUAAUAUUAAAUUUACUGUUGUAUAUUAUCUCCUGCUUGUGGUGAUAGUCUUUCAGUUUCCUUUGCAUUGGCUGCAUGUAUUGACAGGUGCAUGUAUGGCCAAUAUUGGGUGUGGGUUCCCCACUAGCUACCCUUGGAGAGUGGGUUGUAGAGAUUCACUCUCUCAUCUGCCCUGCAGUGUCAGAAUAAUUGGCAACCAUUCUCACCUAAUCGUGACUUGGAGAAUCACCUAUUUUCAACCCUGUUGUUCUCAACCAGUCUGUAACCCCUGUAAUACUGCCCCCCGCCCACCAUCCAGACAUGCAUACAUACAUAAUGUAUAGCCGUAGAAUAGCUUAUGAGACUUGUGAUUUAUAAUGAUGCAGAUAACACUAGUACCACAUGGAAUACUCAAUAUUAUUAAUAGGAUUGUUUUUCUUAACUCUUCUUGAAUUACUUUACUACAUGCCUGAGGUAUAUUCCAGAUAAAGCUAGAGAACUGUAGAAUUAGGAUGAGGAUUUCUAUGAGGAGAACACACAUGAUUUGGAAGAGAACAGUCAUCUACUCUGACAUAUUAUUUGUUGUACAAGAAAUGUGAACUCCAACCCGGAUUGCCCUGGUCUUAUUCAUGGACUUCUUCAAAUUCAUGAGUAAAUAGAUACUAUUUAAGUUAUUUGACAUUAAUUGCAAAUGUUAUGGUAAAAAAGAAUUAUGUACAGGUUGUGUAUAACUGUUUAACAAUGUCAUUUGGAGUUUAUUGUAAAUUAAGUCUAAAUUCCUUUCUGGCCUUGAUUCUCUUUACUUUUUUGAAUAAACGUUGUCCAUGUAA